GGCUCCACGAGAAGAGACAGCAGUAGGUACGGGCCUCCGAACUCAAUCCGGCCGAAUCCUCUCAAAAUCCGCCUCCGUACUGCUCGACACUCCUCUCCGGUGUAUAGCAGGGGUUCUACUGCCGGGACAGCGGAAUUUGGGUCCCGGGAUAUUUAGAUAGUAGUUAGGAGGAGAAGAAAUGGCUCCACGUAAGGGUAAGGAAAAGAAGGAAGAGCAGGUUAUCAGCUUGGGGCCACAAGUGGCUGAAGGUGAAAAUGUGUUUGGAGUUUGCCACAUCUUUGCCUCCUUCAAUGACACCUUUGUCCAUGUGACUGAUCUGUCUGGCAAAGAAACCAUCUGCCGUGUAACCGGUGGCAUGAAGGUGAAGGCCGACAGAGAUGAGUCCUCUCCAUAUGCUGCUAUGUUGGCUGCACAAGAUGUUGCCCAGAGGUGCAAGGAGUUGGGUAUCACAGCUCUUCAUAUUAAGCUGCGUGCUACUGGUGGAAACAGGACCAAAACACCAGGACCCGGUGCCCAGUCUGCUCUCAGAGCUCUGGCUCGUUCAGGCAUGAAAAUUGGUCGCAUUGAGGAUGUCACCCCCAUCCCUUCAGACAGUACCCGCAGAAAGGGUGGUCGCCGUGGUCGUCGUCUGUAGUUUUCCAUCUUUGCCUUUCGGUUGUUAAUAAAAUGUAUCAGACCAA